UCGGGGGAAUUCUGCUCGCUCGGGGCACUCGGCACUGUUCCCUCAGCCUCCACGACAAGAUGCUCAGUCACGUGGCAAGCAGCCCGCUGUCGUUUUUCGACGCCACGCCGCGCGCAAGAAUACUGAACCGCUUUUCGGUGGACCUGGAAAUGAACGACAGCCGCGGGUUCGUCGCGAUGAAGCAACUGUACCAGACAUUACUCGGCAUCGUUGCACGGCUCGCCGUCAUCGGAACGCAGGCGUAUAUCGUUUGUCUCCUGGCCUGCGGUGCAGAGAUUGUACUUGUCCUCAUAUUGCGCCACGUUAUCACAGCAACAACGAUCGGCAAGCAAUACGAGAGUACAAGACUGUCUCGGCUCCUGCAGCACCUCACGGAGACUCUGGAUUCGGUGGGGAUGAUUCGCUGCUACCGGGUAAUGGAGAAGUUUUGCGCCCGUUUCAGGCGACUCAUCAAUGACUACACAGAAGCCUUCAACGCCUUCAUUCUGUCAUACUCCUUCACCCGCCUCAUCGUGACCUUUUUUGGCGUGCUUGUUAUUUUCCUUGCUGUGAUCGUCGUUGUGGUGCCGAAUCAAGGGGACCCACAAUCUGCAGCCACGGUUGGCCUGUCGCUUCUAUCGGCUUUGACGGUACCAUUUGCCAUGACGGGUGUCUUCAUGGUUCUAUUUUGGGCUGUUAUGAGUUUUGUGGCGCUGGAGCGCGCACUGGAAUACACGGAAUUGCCUAUUGAACAGGAUACCUUAUGCGAAAUAGGGCUGCCUUCUGGUAAACUAAACAUGCCGAACGCACGGCUCUUCCUGCAGCCUUACGACGGUUUGUGGCCCAGUGAGGGUGUCGUGAAAUUCCAGAACUUCAGUGCAUCCUACCGGCCUGGCGUCUUAGAAGAUACUCUAAAAGACAUCUGCUUCGAGGCAAACGCCGGAGAGAAGGUGGCUGUCGUGGGAAGAACAGGUGCUGGAAAGUCGUCACUUGUGCUAGCGCUUUUGCGAAUGAUUCAAAGGACAUCCGGUGCGAUCACUAUCGACGGAACAGAUAUCUACGAUGUGCCACUUAAGAGGCUGCGCUCGGCUAUAGCAAUCAUACCACAGGACCCAUCCUUGUUCUGCGGUACUCUACGCGAAAAUUUGGAUCCUCAAGGUCGCAUGUCCGAUUCGGAGCUUUGGGGUGCCUUGCAGAAAGUGGGGCUCAAAGAAUUCACGAGGAGCAGCCCCAGCGGCCUGUCCUUUCUAAUAGCGGAAAAGGCAGAAAACCUAAGUGCCGGCCAGAGACAGCUGGUGUCAUUCGCUCGAGCCUUGCUUCGAGGUACAAAUAUUCUAGUGCUGGAUGAAGCUACUUCACAGAUGGACCGGGAAACAGAUCGUCGAGUGCAGGCGACUCUUCGGGAAAGCUUUUCGCAUUGUACACUAAUCACCAUAGCACACCGCAUCGACACAAUUCUCGAUUAUGACAGAGUCGUCGUCAUGGGAGAUGGCAGAGUUAUAGAAUGUGGACACAUAUAUGACCUCCUGGCUGAUCGAGGCUCCACCUUUCGCAGCAUGGCCGCCGGUGCUGGAAUACCGCUGGAAUAAUCACCGGCAUUUUUCUUGACGAUGCAUACGCUGCCCUCUGGUGGCUGAUCAUAGCAUAUUAUCACAGUAAUAAAAUUAUAUCACCU